AGCCGGAUUUAUGGAUGAGGAGGAGUGUGAGGACAGCACAGACGAGUGCGGCGUGAGCGAGGCAGCCAUGCUGGCCGGCCUGUACGACGAGCACGUGGUCAAGGACGAGCUCGUGCUGGGGCCGGAGCGCCCGCACCGCCCCACAGUCGCCCCGGUGGUGAGAGCGCCCACUCUUGUCUCCUCUGCUGUGGUGUCGGGUCGGCGCCGCUCGUGCUCGGUCAGGCUGGAGCGCCUGCUGGUGGACGCGGAGCGGCGCACCUGCCGGGUCGGGCGCCGCACAUACAAGCUGCACGCCACCGAGCCCGCACCCACACCCCAUGUCACCACCACCAUCUAUCAAUGUCACCAUUGCGGCAAACUGUUCAGGAGCAAGUCGGUUUUGAAGAAGCACGUACACACUCACUCGCCUUUACAUAAUUCGACCGUAGGGGAUUAUGGUUUAGAACGACAUCAAAUGCUACACAGUGACAAAAAACUGUAUAAAAAGGCUCACAUUAUGCACUCUGGCGAUAAGCCUUUCAGGUGUAAAUACUGUGAAUACGAGAGUAGUAGAAAAUCAAAUUUACGGACUCACCUGAAGAGUCACACAGACGAGAAGCCUUUCAGGUGUACACACUGUUCCUACAAGUGUAGAAGAAAAGCACAGUUACGGAAACACCUGAUGAUUCACGCAGACGAGAAGCAUAUCAGUUGUAGUCACUGUAGCUACAAGUGUAGAAGAAAAGGAGAGUUACAGAGUCACCUGAUGACUCACACAGACGAGAAACCUUUCAGUUGUAGUCACUGUGGCUACAAGUGUAAAAGAAAAGCACAGUUACGGAAACACCUGAUGACUCACACAGACGAGAAGCAUAUCAGUUGUAGUCACUGUAGUUACAAGUGUAAAAGAAAAGGAGAGUUACAGAGUCACCUGAUGACUCACACAGACGAGAAGCCUUUCAGCUGUAGUCACUGUAGCUACAAGUGUAGAAGUAAAGCAAAGUUACAGCGUCACCUGAUAACUCACACAGACGAGAAGCCUUUCAGUUGUAUACACUGUGGCUACAAGUGUAGAAGAAAAGAACAGUUACGGUCUCACCUGAUGAAUCACACAGACGAGAAGCCUUUUAGGUGUACGCACUGUGUCUACAAGUGUAAAAGAAAAGCACAAUUACAGGUUCACCUGAUGACUCACACAGACGAGAAGCCUUUCAGUUGUAGUCUCUGUAGCUACAAGUGUAGAAGUAAAGCAGAUUUACAGCGUCACCUGAUGAUUCACACAGACGAGAAGCCUUUCAGUUGUAGUCACUGUGGCUACAAGUGUAAAAGAAAAGCACAGUUACGGUCUCACCUGGUGAAUCACACAGACGAGAAGCCUUUUAGGUGUACGCACUGUGCCUACAAGUGUAAAAGAAAAGCACAAUUACAGGUUCACCUGAUGACUCACACAGACGAGAAGCCUUUCCGUUGUAGCCACUGUGACCACAAGUUUAGAUUAGCAGAUUUACAGGCUCAUGCGAUGACACACGGACGAGAAGCUUUUCAGGUGCACUCAGUGACCACAAGUUAAGAACAAAAGCACCGUUACGGAAACACCUUAUGACUCACACAAGCGAGAAGCAUUUCAGGUGUACUCACUGUGCGUACAAGCGUAGUAGA